CAAGUUCCUUCAUACACACACAGAACCACACCAGGGAGUUUGUAGUAAACACUUAACUUCACGCGAAGUUCGUGAGGCUGAUACAGCGCAAGUCAAUGAAUUUCUCCUACUUGAAAUCUACUUUUUAGUAACCGGUUUCAUUCAAUAAUUAAAGAGGUGGUUGCUAAGAGAUGACAGUCAGUGACAUUGGUGAAAGCCUCAGAUGUUCAGAAGUCUGAAGCUCCACUCGUCUGGGAUCUUUUUCCUCCACACCUCAGUCUGUACCUGGCUCAUAUGAAAGACGUGGCAAACGCUCUUCCAUCAACAAACUCACAAUCACCAUGGCAGCUUUUACCGCUCCAUGUACCAACACCGGUGGCAUGAACUCCACAUUGGUCCAUCCUGCCUGGCAAAGGCAGGGAAGCAAUGAUGAGGCGAGUACGGGUGGGAAUAGGGAUGUUGGACAAAACACUAUUCUGGAGAAAACCCACGAGUUCUUCCAGAUGUGCGACAUCGAGAAUAAGGGCUUCAUCACCCGACGGGACAUGCAGAGGCUGAACAGUGAGCUUCCUCUAAGUGCGGAGGAGUUGGAGAAUGUAUUUGAUACCCUUGAUUCUGAUAACAACGGAUACCUUACCCUCACCGAGUUCUCCUCCGGCUUUAGUUCAUUUUUGUUUGGUGAUACAAUUUCUGAAGAGGAAGGCAUGGGGGAGAAGAACAGCUUGCCAGAGGUCCUGUACCAGACCCAUACGGAGGAAAGUCUGGCAAAAGCAGAGGAAGAUGAGGAGGAAAACCAUUUUUGCAUGCUUAUGGAGAGCCUCGGAGCCAACAAUGUCUUUGAAGAUCCUGCUGAAGUGCGCGGUCUUUGGGCCCAGCUGCGCCGGGAUGAACCACACCUUUUAUCCAAUUUUGAGGACUUCCUGGGCAGAGUGACAUCUCAGAUCAGAGAGGCCAACCAAGAAAAGAGGGAGAUGGAGAGUGCUCUCAAAAGGAAAGCAGCAACACAUGAUGAUGAGAUCCAGCGGCUAUAUGAGGAGAUGGAGCAGCAGAUAAAAAAUGAAAAGGACAGGAUUGUGCUGCAGGACUAUGAGCGGUUUCUGUCUCGCAGUCAAGACCUGGAGCUCCAGCUGUCCUGUAAGGAGAAGGAGUUGGAAAAACUCUUUCAGAAACAGAGAAGGUUGGAGAGUCAGUGCCAGGAACUACACAGUGAGCAACAUGUGACCAAAGUGGAGAAUGUGAAGCUAAAGCAGACAAAUGAUGAGUUGGCACAGGAACUGGAACACACCACCCAAGAGCUGAACUUGGCACAGGAGCAGCUGAGUUUACUGCAAGAGCAGUCCACACGACUACAUGAGGAAAAAGAGAUGGAAAUUUACAGAUUAACUGAAGGUCUGCAGAGAGAGCGAGAGAGUCUCCUCAAACAACUGGACCUUCUGAGGGAAAUGAAUAAACAUUUACGAGAUGAAAGGGACAUUUGCUAUCAGAAACCAAAGAAUUCUAAGACAUCAAUGUUGAAGCAAAUACCUCUAAUUGGUGCUGGAAAACACACAAACACAGGUGUCUUCAGAAGUGAGGAUGAUGACGAGCUAACCUCCAGCUCUGUGAGGCAGAGCUUAGUCAAUGGGUCACAUCAGCCAUUUUGCCCAGCAAGGGCAACAGGGCAUCUCCAGAGGAUCAUCUCAAUUGAGGAAGACCACCUCCCAUCCUUGCUCAAUGACUGUCAGGUCCAAACCGCACUUCCAGAAUGUAAUGAAGGAGAGGAAGUCUCAGACAAUGAAGAAAAUAUAGACCUGGUGAUGAGUAAUAUUCAUCCACAUGCAUCUUCAACCUUGCACCAACAAAGUAUGGAGACAAUAGAAACCCCAACAUCUCCAAGGGGUCAGCCUGUUGGCAAAGAGAACAGCAUGAAUGAGGAAGUCGGCACUUCAGCACCUGAACGCCUCUUCAAGAUCGUCUUAGUAGGAAACUCUAGUGUUGGAAAGACCUCCCUCCUUCGCCGAUUUUGUGAUGGCUGUUUCCACCCUGGCACUUCUGCCACUGUGGGUAUAGACUACAGUGUAAAAACAAUAACUGUGGAUAACAGCCAGGUGGCACUGCAGAUGUGGGAUACAGCAGGACAGGAGAGGUAUCGAAGCAUUACCAAACAGUUCUUUCGAAAGGCUGAUGGUGUGGUUGUGAUGUAUGACAUAACUACUGAGCAGAGUUUCACAGCUGUGAGACAAUGGCUGACUAGUGUAAAGGAAGGUGCAGGUGAGGACAUCCCCAUCAUGCUCUUGGGAAACAAAACAGACAAGGCGACUGAGAGAGAAGUUCAGAAAAGUGUGGGUGAAAGAUUAGCCAAGGACUGCGAGCUGACUUUCUAUGAAUGCAGUGCAUGCUCUGGAUACAAUGUUGUGGAGUCCAUGGUUCAUUUAGCCAGAAUUCUGAAAGAGCAAGAAGACCGAGAGAAGGAGAAGACUGUGCAGCUCGUCAGUAUCCGCUCAGAGAAGAAGAGAUCCUGCUGUUGACAGAUAAACCGUUAACACUUACACAGUAGCACUGUGUAUUUAGAUACACACUGUGAAAGUGUGUUCACAUGUGCAAAUGCAAACACAUCGUUCUGAUUGUCAUCACUGCGUUUUCUACUCUUUGCCCUCAAAUCACUCUGGGUACAUGAUUACAUCUGACAUGUUUUACUGCUCUGUUAUAAACGUAUGAUUUCCCAAACUAGCUGCAUUUUAAAAGUCGCUUUUUCAUGAGGAUGUCGUAAAAUACUAAUCGUAAUUCAUGAAAAGUUUGUGGAUUUUCCUGCAAGUGUUAGAUGAAAAAAAAUUACUGAACAAAUGUUAAGUUAAGCUAAGUCAGGUCUUUUUUUUGAGUCAAACUAGAACAUUUUUAAUGAAAGAUAUUUUCUCAAACUUGAAUGUAACUCAGACAUUUCAAAUAUUUAUUAAUUUUCCAACACCUUUGUGCUAUUCAAAUGUGGACUUGUUACUUUUAACACAUUAAUUCAGUGUUAAGCACAUGUGUUUAAAGGGUUUCUCACCCCCCCUCCCAACCACUACCACACACACACACACACACACACACACACACACACACACACACACACACACACACACACACACACACACACACACAGUGUGAAUAACCUUAACAUGUAACUCAUCAUCAGACAGACUUGCGUUUAACACUACUUUUGUAAAGCUUUCUGUGUUCAGUUUUAGACUACAUGUUGAGUUUGUGGUUAGUCUUAGAACCAAGAUUAAUUGUGGUGUUAAGUAACAUUUUGGGAUAUUAUGGUUUCUGCACUUGGUGAACUCACUGAAGUGUUGUAUUUUCUCUGAACAAACAAAUAAUACUGUUUAAUAUUUGCCUUACAGUUGUCAUAUUUUAUUUUAUAUUACAGGUGUUUGGGGUUUUUUGUCCAACCUGUUGUAGAAGUACUGCAAGUUACUAUGGUGUGCAUUAAGAGCUCAUCUCAGUUGUAUUUUGAAUGACAAAGCGCACCAUAUUUCCCAAGAGACCAAAGUUGACAAAUGUUUGUUUAAUAUCACUUUGCUGUGUUUGGUGCCAAGUAUUUCAUGAAAAUGAUGUCUCUGUAACCUGUUACGUAAUUUGUAACAAAAUAGUUUUGGUUAAAAAAAAUUAUAAUAAUUUUACUCUCACUAACAGUGCAUCACUACUGCCAAGAUCUUGCACAUCACUGUAUAUACAAAUGCAAAUAGCUACAUAUUAAUUUAUCUCUGUGUAUUGUCUAUGUGGAAAGCACUGGAGGACUGUUUUCUCCUUCCUGGUGCCAUGAAAUAAAAAAAAUUGUUGUACAGCAUCACCCAGUGGAUAUGUUUGGACAUUGUAGUUUAUUGAGUUUUUAAACUUACAUGACAAUAUGUGAAACAAUAUGUUCAACAAUAAAAAAUGAAUACAUGUGCAAUCAACAUGCUGAUUUAUUAGAAUUUGUUAUAACUUAUACAGUAUGUGGCAAUCUACCCCUGUGUUUAUGUUUAAUUUGAUCAACCAGAUGUUUAUCAGAAUAUUUUUUUCUAAAGGUGUUAUUUCACUGCAGGUGUCAUUAGAUAAAUAAGA